AUGGAUCAGGAGACCAUCUUCCCUGAGGGCUGGGCUGAGGACUUGGCUACUCCCCUGACCAUAAAUGGCUUGGCCAGGGCUCUCUUGGAGCCACCUCUUGCCCUGUCACCCUUGCUCUCCCAGCUGGAUGUCUCUACAAAUAGUUUUUCACUGAACUUCACGUUGCCAGCGAACACGACUUCCUCUCCAGUUGUUACAGGUGGGAAAGAAGUGGACUGCCGGCCCUCCCUUGGAUUAGCUGCGGGCAUCCCGUCCCUGGUGGCCACCGCCCUGCUGGUAGCUUUACUGUUUACUCUGAUUCACCGAAGAAGCAGCAGCAGCAGUGAGUCCACUGAGGAAAGUGAGAGGCCAUAUGAAAUUUCAGAAAUUGAUGACAAUCCCAAGAUAGCUGAGAAUCCUAGGAGAGCACCCACACGUGAGAAUAUGAUGGGAGCAGAAGAAGCUCACAUAUACGUGAAGACUGUAGCAGGAAGUGAGGAGCCCAUGCACGACACUUACAGUCCUGCCGUAGAAACGGAGAGAAGGAGGGGGUUGUGGUGGCUUGUGCCCAGACUGAGCCUGGAAUGA